AUGCAGGCUGUCAUCCUGGUGGGGUACGCUCAGUAUGAGGUUGAUCAGUUCAGGGCCUUUAUGAUCGACAUGGAUGCUGACAUGGUGAAGCUUCCGCUGAGCACAAAGCGAGCGGUCUUCCUGUCUGGGAUGUCUGGGGCUGAGGUGCAGGAGGUGAUCUCCGCUUACAACGAUUCAGCCCUCCCACCUACUGUGUGGGCGGCAGCGGUGCCAGCAAAUUACCAGCGCACAAUCAGCAAUCUCUUAGAGGACAUCUAUGGGGACCACAACCUCAUGGAGCCCCAGUCGUCUAGCGGUGCGCCAUCUGAGACCUUUGGAGGCUUCCAAAGGCUGGAUGACGAGACGAUCAAGUACUUCUUGGAAGUCAAGUCUCAUUUCGACAGCCUGGUUGACCCCGAGGAGAGGGCUCUGCUGGUGGGAAAUGUGCUGGAGGAGCUCCCUGGCAAGGAGGUUAAGGUGUGCACGGACGCUACAUGCAGCCGCAUCCUGGAAGCCAUGAUCCCCAGCAUCCGCGAGGAGCAAAUGCUGCCGCUGCUGGCUGCCUUUGCCCAGGGCGAGGAGUUCUGCAUGCUCGCAUCCAGGCCCUUUGGGUCAAGGGUGGCGGAGCAGCUGCUGGUGCGGCUUGGGGAGUUGCUGGACAAUGCGCAUGGCCAGGAGAGCGAAGACAGGCUUUACGAGAUGCUGCAGAAUCUGACGGGGGUCACAGUGGCGCACCUCUGGGAGUUUGCGACCGACCGCAAUGCCUCGCAUGUUGCGCGCAAAAUGCUGUGCAUAAUUGCCGGCCGUGAUGUCACCCCUGCGCAGUCGGCACCUGCACACUCGGUCGACGGUGCCGCCUUCAUUCGCGCUGCAAAGCAAGGGGGAGGCCUGGCGGCCAAGAUAGGCGGCGAGGCCGGCGGGGAACGCCUCCGGCCGCCGGCGCGCCAUCCGGAGCUGCUGAGUCAGAUUGCGGGGGACCUGCUGUCAGACAAAUGGAGCGGGGGGCGCCUUGAGGAGCUGCUGUUCCAUGCGUAUGCCUGCCCCUGGCUGCAGACGCUGCUGUCUGCUGCUGAAGGAAGCGAGGACUUGUUGGAGCAGUUGGUACCGCGGCUUUUGGGAGCAAAGCCAGCGCAGUCACAAAAUCAAAAUCAAAAUCCCGAGGAUGGAAAUUUUGGGGGUGAGGAGCAGAGUCCCCUUGAGGGUGUGGCGGCAGACCAUGUGCAGGGGCUGGCUCAGGAUCCCACCAGCAGCCACUUCCUGGAGGUCGUCAUGAGGGUGUCACCGGAGCGGCUGUUGGCAGACAUCUAUCAGCGCUUCCUGCGUGGGGCUCUGGCGCGGCUGGCCAUGCACCCCUCCGCCAACUUUGUGGUGCAGGCCUACCUGGCAGCCCUGCACGGCUCACAGCAGGUGAAGGCGGCACUGCGCGAGUUGCGCGACGCAAUGCCGGAGUUGUUGCGCGGCCGGCGCUCGGGGGUGGUGGCCGCGCUGCUGGCGGCGGCCGGCCGCACAGGGAACGCUGCUGUGCAAGCCGACAGUGGCCUGGCGGCCAGCCUGCUGACGCAUGACAGCCCCGCCAUCAAACUCGGGGAUCCGGCCGGCCGCGCUCGGCUGUCCACGCUCGGCUGCGCCAUGCUGGGCACCGUGCUGCGUCUGCCCAAGGAGGCGAGCGCGGAUUUUGCGGAGGGAGUCGCUGACCUGUCGCCAGCUCAGCUGCUGCACGUCGGCGGCGACGGCGGCGGCAGCCGCGCGCUCGAGGCGUUCCUGGACGGGGAUGCCGGGGCGAAGCUGAAGAAGCGCGUCAUCCGGAAGCUGGCCGGCAGCUACGGGAAGCUGGCCGGCAGCCCUGGCGGCAGCCACGUCGUCCAGACCUGCUUCCGUGUCGGGGGUGUCAAGGACAAGGAGGCGAUCGCUGGGGAGCUGGCGGCGGCGGAGCAGCACAUCUCCAGCUCCAAAUUUGGACAGAUCCUCCUGCGCAGGUGCGGGGUGGAGGAUUUCAAGCGCAGCACGGACAGCUGGCGCACGCGCGCUGAGUCAGCGGCCGUCCUGCGCAGCAAAUUCGCCGAGAUGCUCGGAGACGGUGACACAGCAGCCAAUGGCACAGAUCGCCAAGGCAGCGAGGACGAAGAGCCCCCUGAGAUUAGCAAUGCCCCACCAACAGCCACAAAGGACGGCGAAGAUUGCUCAGAGGCCGCACCUGCCAAGCGCAAGAAGGGCAAGAAAGCAAAGGCUGGCCUGCAAACUGAGGACGCAGCAGGGGCAGCGCUCACAGAUCAGCCACCUGACAGCCCAAGUGGCCAGUCUGGCAGGGGUGAGAGUAAGAAAAAGAAGCGGAAGCAGUUGGCAGAAGCUGAUCAGAGCGCUGAGCUGACGAGCCCGGCUGUGGCGGCCGCUGCAGCAGGGUUGGGCGGCGAGAAGAAGAAGAAGAGGAAAAAGGAGGAGGAUGCGGUGGGUGCGAAGCAAGCCCAGAAGCAUGGAGUAGGCUCUAAGUUGGAGGGGGGUUUGGGUAGAUCGGCUGCUUUGGAGGCGUUGCUCACUGGCACAGAAGUGCAAGCACAGGGCAAGCGGCACAAGAAGCAGAAGAGUGCAUCAAGGCUGUAA